AUGCAGAUCUACGCUCGCCGCCGCCGCCGCUCGCUCUUCAUCACCGCGGAGACGGGGGUCGAUGAAGACGAUGAAGCAGAAGAAGAAGAAGUGGGCCGAGCCUUUAAAGUCCGAGGGAAAGUGGACCGAGCCUGGACCCACAUCAGACGCUUCUUUCAAGUGUCCUGUUUUAUCUGGAUCAGAACUGGGACGAUCACAGUCACAGUGGGAGACCGGGGGGAAACCGGGGGAGACGGGGGAGACAGGGGGAGACAGGGGGAGACGGGGGGGAGACAGGGGAUUCGAGAAACUCAAAGAACCUCAGGAAUGUAG